UUUGCAUUUUUUGUUAUAAAUUUUGGUGGCGGUCUCCAAGUCAGACCAUGCAUACGCGAAAUUUUUACGGCGUCGAUAUUGAAGAGGAUCUUGGCAUACCGUUGUCAUAUGAUGCGGCCUGGAAGAUCUUCAAUCGUUGGCCGCGUGAGGUGCGCGUACAACGCCAACGAUUGGGUCAGCGAACCACGCCUUCGAAGCACGCUUGGUGUUUUUGUCAGGAAAAGAAUUGUACAACGCGUUGUCCGUUCUUCGGCUUCUAUAAUAAGAAAGACGGGCCAACGGAGAAUAAGUUACAGAGCAUAAUGACGCAUACGCAAGGUGGGGGACGUAGUCCACCAGAAUAUAAAGGAUUGCUACGUAGUCUCAAUAAAUGGUACAACAGCCGAUGCGCCGAGGGUUCGAGUCAAGUAUUGGAUUUGUCGAAGUUGGAGCAAUUAACGAUAAAAUAUAAAUAUCCCGUAUUUGCUUUAAACAAAAAGAAUAGUUCGCGUAGAUUUCGUAGACACGACAGCAAAUCGGUGUUUUACCACGAUACGAAGUGCAAGCCGUCGUCGAUGACCAGCAAGACUACGAAGCGUAGCAGAGCUAGCGAGGAGCACAGCUCUUCCGAACUGUAUUACACAAUUGAGAACCAAUUGCGCAAUCUCAGCGUGAGUCAGUCGCGUCUCAAACACAUGAGCGCAAGCCUCUGCCGUUUGGCCUAUGCUAAAAGGCAUGCCUCGCGGACGGGGUUACGGCCGAAGAUCUACAAGCGUAAAGUAGUGCGUAGAUAUCGCAGUGACAUACCGAUCGUCAGCAAUAGCGAGAGCACUGGCAAUACCAAUACGAGUAAAACGUCGAACUUUUGUUGCAAAAGCAGUCGGAAUAGUAAGUCCACGAAGAGCACCGAUGCCAGUAAAGGCAGCAAGACAACCGAAAGUAGCAAACCCAGCAAAGACAGGAAGAUAAAAAAACGUGCCAAAUCCAGCAAGAGCAAAAAGCCGAGCAAAAGUAGCAAGCUAAGCAAAGGCAAGUUAAGUGAGAGUAGUAAGACUACCGAGAGCACUAAGUCGAGCAAAAGCUGCAAGCUUAGUAAAGCCAGCAAGGUGAGUAAGACCAGUAAGACAAGCAAGACAAGCAAAACCAGUGAGAGCAGCAAAACGAGCAAAACCAGCGAGAGCAGCAAGACUAGCGAAAGCUACAAAUCCGUCACAGGCAGUAAAAUUACCGGCACCAGCAAGAGCAGUGAAAACAGUCGGGCUAAAGAUACCAGCAAGAGUGAUUAUACCAGCAAAACUGGUGAAACUAGCAAGAGUGGCGCGGCCAACUUGAGUACCGGCACCAGCAAGCGCAGCAGUACCAACAAAAGUAAGGCGCCGAGUAAGAAUAGCGUCAGCAGCAAGUCAACGAAUGUCACAACCGCCAAGGCGAUCAGUCAUCCUGUCGUGAGGAGCAUACGCUUCAACCUCGCCAAAGGCAAGCGAGGCGCCACACGAUCCGCUGGCGAUGAAGAGCUCAAUUGCAAGCGUAAAGCCACCGGCAGUAUAAUGAAGGAACAAGCCAAAGUUGCCAAACCGCAGAUACAGCGUCUCGGCGGUGGUAAUGAGUUGCUGAAUCGUAGCAAUCGUAGGCCUAUCAUGGCUUGGAACAGCGGCGCCGGUGCUCCGAGCCGUAAGCCCGCAGCUGAAGCUGCGCCGAAACCCAACAGCAAGUGUGCAGCCAAUCAGUUGGCGCCUAAGUGUUGUCUAAUUAAGAAACCUAAUAAAGUCUCUAUCUUCAUUGAUGCCGGUGGCGCCGGUGAUGCUGUGGCUCAUAGAGGCAGACGCUGCAAGGUUACUAAAAAACCAUCGGUGCUCGUCUCAAAGCCGAUAUUGUCCAUGUUUCGCAAGAACCGUACCAUUUCCAAGCAAAGCCUGGCAAUGUGUGGUCAAAAGUCAAGGUGUUUCUUCAUUAAAGGCGGGCGUCGCAAGUAAUCAAAUCAAAAUUUUCUAAUGU